AUGUAUAUCCCACCCAUCACUAGAGAUGAGCAAAUAUUUAUAUGUUUGUCACAGAGCUUUACAGACCAAGACUUGCUAGGACAAGCCUUUGAAGAUGCCUUGGAGGUGUUACAGCAACAUUCCUAUGGCGACUGUAAUUAUGCGCCAGGUAAAAAAGCAAUACUAGUUAUAUUCCAGCUUUGUUUUAUUUUAUUUGUUACAUCUUUAUCCUGCUCUUCUUCCCAAAUGAGCCCAGAGUCCCAGGUUCUGAUUAUGUGUAAGUUCCAAUUAUUUCCGAAUGUCAGAAUAUACAUGAAAAAGAUGCACUGUCUGUUUCCUCACCUGUCCCCCAAAUCUGAUGUGUUCAGCAUAAAAAACUUAUGCUUAUUCUUUACCUCUUAUUACACUUAUUUACACUUACACUUAUUUACACAUAUUUUUUACCUCUCGCUGACAUAUUCUGUUUAUUUUCCCCAAGAAGACUUUAAAAACUGUCUGACUUACCAUCACCAUUCUCUCCAAGCAAACCCAAGUUACCUAUCAGAUAAACCAAUAUAUAGUUGGAGUGAAACACCGACUUUACUAAAUACAGAGGCAGAUUUCUAUCUGGGUGCAGCUGAGUACCAUACUCUGCAGACCGUUCCAGAAAAUCCAGAGGUGUAUGUCAUACCUUUGCAGCAAAAAGGCAGGAAAGGCAGGAAGAAGCUACGCCUGUUUGAAUAUCUUCACGAAUCUCUCCAUAAUCCAGACCUGGCAAACUGCAUCCAGUGGUUAGAUAAGCCCAAUGGCGUCUUCCAGUUUGUUUCCAAACACAAGGAGAAAUUGGCAGAACUGUGGGGGGAACGCAAGGGAAAUCGGAAGAUCAUGACCUACCAGAAAAUGGCCAGAGCUCUGAGGAAUUACGGAAGAACAGGAGAAAUAAUCAAAAUCCGAAGGAAACUGACCUAUCAGUUUGGUGCCAUGGCUUUGCAAAGGCUCUCUCUGGCUUGCUUUCCUGGGAAAGAGGGAGAUUUUGAUCUCUAUCACCAAGGUGAUCAAAAGUGCCAGUAUGCAGACAGCUGGCUUUCUUAUCAUUAUUACAUGUAUAACAAGGAUCAUGAACUACAGCAGCUUUAUAGCAAUACAAAUCCAUUCUGUUAUGAGUAUUAGAGAAACUUUGAAGGACAGCAACUCUUCUCCAGUGUAUAUUCCCCCAGCCUCUUGAGAUAUCACAUUAUGCAUCUGCACGUUUUUUCUUUUCUUUUUUAUGCUCCCUAAACUAUUAACUCACUAGAAACCUGAAAACAUAUGCAAGCUUUCAGAUUCACGUAAACCAUUCUUCAGUCUUAGGUGUGAUGGCCGUAGGAGAUGUUUAAGGCUAUAUUCCACAUGUGCCUGGGAGUAAGUCCCACAGAAACUUAGCAAGGCUUACUUCUACACAGACAUGUACACAAUUGUGCUGCAAAGCUCCUAAAAGAAGGAGAAGGGGGAGAUCAAUAACACAGGGAACAGACUAUUGUAAGAACAUCUAAAUUUUAACAAUAUUGAUUUAGAGGAUCUAUUUAUUUCAACAGAUCUUUCUUCCAGUUAACUGCACCCUCUUAAGCAUGCUUACUUAGAAGUAAAGUCCACUGAACUGUAUCCCCAGUAAGUGUGUACAUGUCUGUUGCCUUAAUGGUAGGGUUUAAUGGCAUAUUAUAAUCACAAACCCAAAUGUUAAGAUCUCUGAGCAUCCUAAUGCGUAUAACACAUCAAGAAUUACUGUGGCUUGUGUGUCUACAAUUGUUUGUGCAUUUAAUUUGCUUCUUACUGUAUGUAUCUCAUUAAAUAUCACUUUAUCUAA